CACUCACAAACAACAUUGUGGGAGUUUCCAACAAAUAAAAAGAGUAAAUGAACACGCAUUGCUGACAAACAGCAUCGGCGGAGUUUUCAACAAAUAAAAGGAGUGAAUGAGAAGAGCGAAUGAAAAAGACGGACCAAAAUGAACUUGGAAAAAGUGAAGAAAUCCCUAGAAUCAGCAGGCGAAGAGAUCGCCUCAACCCAAACCCUGGAAUCUCUCCCCUCUAAGUUCUACGACUCCUUCAUCCUUCAAGGCCUCAGAAUCGAUCGAAUCGAACCCAACCGCCUCCUCUGCACUCUCACAGUCCCCCCUCGUCUUCUCAACGGCGGCGCGUUUCUUCACGGUGGGGCCACCGCGUCUCUGAUCGAUCUGGUGGGGUCCGCUGCUUUCUUCACUGCGGGGGCGCAGACCAAAGGCUCGCCCUUGGAGAUCAGCGUUGCUUACUUGGAUGCAGCCUUUGCCAAUGAGGAAAUUGAGAUUGAAGCCAAAGUUCUACGAGCUGGAAGAUCAGUAGGAGUUGCUACUGUAGAGUUAAGGAAGAAAAACGGCGGAAAAAUUAUAGCUCAGGCCCGUUAUACAAAGUAUCUUGGUGCAUCUAGCAAACUAUAAUUAUGCCUUUCAUAUGCUUUGUAUUAUGGAACCAUGGUUAUUGUUUUCACAGAUUAAACUCCAUUAGAAAAUAAGAACCUUGUUGUACAAUUGUUUGUGUUGUAUUAUUGUUGCUUUCAGAAGGUAAAUGGUUACGAAGAAAAGGAAGUUUAUGUUUGAUGAA